ACAAUAACAAAGCCACGAUCCAUCCGAAUAAACCGCAGAGUGCCAUCCCUUGCCAAAUCCGAGCUCGCGUUCGCAGAGGUCCAUGGCGUCCAAGUCCGGCGAGCUGCGCGUGACGCUUCUGGGCGUGGCCCUGCUGGGGUUGCUGCUGCUGAGCCAGCACGCGGCGCCCGUCGACGCCGCCGAGAGCGUCGACGCCACCGAGGGCGCCGCCGCCGCCGGCGUGAAAAAGACUAGCUUCAGCUUCAACGGCAACAACAACAACAACAACGCCGGCGGCCGCACUCUCAGCAGCUUCAGCAUGAGCAGCUUCAGCAUGAACAGCGGCAGCGGCGGCGAGAAGAAGCCCAGCGGCAAGGGCGUCUGAUCGCCGCGCGCACCGCGAUGAUCCACAACCCAUGCCUGCCUGCCGGCCACAUGCCUCGCCUCUCACCACGCAGCGUUACCGUACUACUAUAUCUACAUGCGAUCGACGACGACGACGACCGUGGGACAACGUCGGCCGGAGCUCGAUCGGCGUAUUAGUUGCUGCCGCGUGGCUGUCAAAGUCCCCUGUUUCUUUCUUGAUCUGUGCUUGUGUUGCAUUGCUGGCUUCGGUGUUUUUUCUUUCUUUUGAUUAAUCUUGUUUUCGAUCAGACGCAUGUGACGGCACCAGCUGGUCUUGUGUGUAAGUCUAUUCUUGGAUUCAUUCCAAUCUCUACGUACUAGGG